AUCUUACUAUCUAAUUUAUUCGUUUUUUCCAACGUUUAUUCUUUCAUUUCAUUUCUUCAUUUUCGUUCUAUUCUAAUUUUCUCCUUGUUCGAAAGUCAUUCACUUGGGCUUUGAUCCCUCGUGACAUUAUAAAAACAAAAUGUUCGUCCUAAAAAAAAAAAAAAAAAAAAAAAAAAAACCAUACACACGCAGUUGUAGUCACAUUCAUCCUAUGAAAUGUACACAUUGUGAACAGACAGUAGUUGGACAGUUCUUCCAUUUUGAUGAUUGAUUGGGUAUUUGAUGGUUCUGCGAUUGCUUUAUCGUAGCAAACUUUUGCUCCUCGUGCGUUUUGAUUUUUUGCCUGCGACUACACAAAAGCAAAUGAUAGGUGAAACCAUAGAUAGUAAACCAGUUAAAAAUGGAAAAACUGCUCGAUCCUUUGCGUAGUUUUAUGCUGUAUAGGUAUUUCUUAGUAGGAAGUUUAAUGAUUAUAGUCUACCAUCUCUCAUUUAAUUGUGCUCAAACAUUAGAAAAAACUGUUGUAUUGAAGGAUUUAGAGGAAAAAUUGGAGACGCAAAACUUUAAAGAAAUCUUUGAUAAGCCACUAGAAAAUACAAUCGAACUUCAAUGGGACCAUGGGAAAUAUAUGGUCAAGGCAGGGGAUAAGGUAGACAUAGAAAAAGUGUACGAGAAGCCAACAAAUGUCAUUUGGGAUGCAGACCUAGAUUAUUACUACACACUCGUGCUUUAUGACUACGAUGCUCCAUUGAGAGUUCACCCACACUUGCGUAGCUUUGUCCAUUGGAUGAUCGGGAAUAUUCCAGAAAAAAGCUUGACUGCAGGAACGACUUUUUACGAUUAUUACGGUCUCAAACUUUUCGAAAAAGGAGACGUUCAUCGGUACGUUAUGGUGAUUUACAGGCAGAACGGGAAAAUUACUCGUUGGGCGGAGCCAUUUGUUAAUAACAAGACUGACGCGAUGCGCGCAUAUUUUAAUCAAUCAGAAUUUCAAGAAAAGUAUAGCCUUGGGGUUCCCUACGCGUUCACCUUUUUUACAUCUGAAGUAAACAAAUCUUGAGUGGCUUCAAUUCGUUCGGCAAAAGUCAUCGUAAGUUGAUUGAUGUCAAAAAUUCAUCCUAAAGAUGACUCAAUGGUAAUAAAUUAAUGUUUUGAUUUAAAUUUUCAUUGCAAUGCAAGAGUGUUGAUCUACGUUCAUUGUUUAAUCAAACUGCAUUUGAGGAGAAGUAAAAACUUGGAGCCCCUCGUG